CAUUCCCGGCCCGUAGCAGAGGGAAGCGCGCACAGCGCGUGCGCGGGGCAGGCGGAGCGCCGGCUCCGGGAGCGCGGGGGGGCGAAGCGGCGGCACCGACACCGGCACCCGCACCCGCACCGGCACCUCACCGGGGCUCAGCAGCCUUCGCCGGGGAGGAGGAGGACGAGGAGAAGGAGCAGGCGGAGAGAAGCGGUCGUGGUCGCGGGUGCCGCCGCGGGGAGCGGAGCGAGCGCGGGGCGGCGGCGGCGGCUCCUCCAUCAUGUCGUCGGGCGGGGACUUCGGGAACCCGCUGCGGAAAUUCAAGCUGGUGUUCCUGGGCGAGCAGAGCGUGGGGAAGACUUCCUUGAUCACCAGGUUCAUGUAUGACAGCUUUGACAACACCUACCAGGCAACAAUUGGCAUUGACUUCUUAUCGAAAACCAUGUACUUGGAGGAUCGAACAAUCAGGUUGCAGCUGUGGGAUACUGCGGGUCAGGAACGUUUCCGUAGCCUCAUUCCCAGUUACAUCCGUGACUCUGCUGCUGCUGUAGUAGUUUACGAUAUCACAAAUGUAAACUCCUUCCAGCAAACCACAAAGUGGAUCGAUGAUGUCAGAACGGAACGGGGCAGCGAUGUCAUCAUCAUGCUGGUGGGAAAUAAAACAGAUCUAGCAGACAAGAGACAAGUGUCCAUUGAGGAAGGAGAAAGGAAAGCCAAAGAGUUGAAUGUAAUGUUCAUUGAAACUAGUGCAAAAGCAGGAUACAAUGUAAAACAGCUUUUCCGACGUGUGGCAGCUGCCUUGCCUGGGAUGGAAAGCACACAAGACAAAAGUAGAGAAGACAUGAUUGACAUAAAACUGGAAAAGCCUCAAGAGCAGCCUGUCAGUGAAGGAGGCUGUUCCUGCUAAUACCAUGUGGCUUCCACCUUUCUCCAGAACAUCACUGCUUUCCCUCCCUGUCCUCUUCAUUGACUGCAGUGUGAAUAUUGGCUUGAACCUUCCCCUUUCCGUAAUAAUGUAUCGCAGUUCAUCAUCGCUGGCUGUCUCGUGGAGAUGAUCUUUAGCUUCACAAGCACACCCCCCACACAUACACACACCCCAACAAAAUGUCAGUGUCUUCAUUAUUUAUAAGAAAAAAAAAAA